AUGAAUUUUAAUUUUAAUAAUAGUCAACAUAUUCAACAAAACUCUCCAUCCAUUAACCUCCCUCAGCCUCAGGAUAAUGUUGUUAUGGUUGAAUACUUUUUCUUUUAUAAACCACACAACGAUUUUCAAAUUUAUCAUAUCACUUGUAAAGAAAUUCCAUUUGAGAUGAUUUCUCGCCUUUUAACUAAUAAUAAUUAUUUGAUUCAUAAUAAUGUUCAAUCAAAUAAUUCACAUUUAUUUUAUUAUCAACAUCCUGGCGAUAAGAAAAUUUAUAAAGUUAUUUGUGAAAUAGUCUCAUAUGAUUAUAUUGUUCGUAUGUUAAACAAAAUUAAUUAUGAAAACGAAUUAAACCUUAACGAACAACAACAAGUGGAGUUUUCUCAAGAACUUAAAGAUAAUUUAGAACUACAUUUAAAGCAUGAUUUAAUCAAUUAUUUGACCUCCUUCAAUAUUUAA